GGUCCGUGGGAAUGGGCCAAAAAUCGCCUGCCCAACCCCUUCAAGCGUGAUACAUAUAUGCUAGGCUUGACUAUACUGGGCUCUAUCAUGAUAUAUCCUGCGGGCGUAAUGCCCUAUAUCGACGCUCUCUUCUUCGCUGCGGGUGCAGCCACUCAGAGCGGUCUUAAUACCAUUGACGUCAACCAAUUACAUACUUAUCAACAGAUUGUGCUUUACUUCAUGGCCUGCCUCGCCAAUCCAAUCUUCAUCAACACAUGCGUCGUCUUCAUUCGUCUCUACUGGUUUGAGCAACGAUUCGACCACAUUGUCAAGGAAGCCCGAAACCAACGUCGCACCCGAACAAGGUCACGGACUGUCAGUGAAUCCCGAGAAGACCCGGAUCUAGGACGUGUCGAGAUGGGCGUCAAUGGCCGGAAAAUCACAGUUCUGCAUCACACUACGAAACCAAAUGGUAUGAGCGCUAGGAGCGCCAAUACCAAAGUCAACGGCAUGAACGAANAAGAACGUAUAGAGCAUCUCGCUGGAAGUCUAGACGAUACUCAUGGCAGCACAUCAGAAAGUGCCGAAUCAAGCGAGAAACGGGAGCCAGAAUUUGGUGGUGACGAAAUGAUCGCCAUCGACAGAGACGAGGAAGUGGCUCCGGACGUGGUAGUCACACGGAACGAUAGCGACGAGUCAGAAGAGGAGACACAAGAAGAAUCAGACGAGGAACCUGCUAAUCAAACAUGGCUCGGCCGAAACCCCUCUUUGAAACGAGAAAUCACAUUUGCAGAUCAGGUCAGGCCUUCUGAACACAGACGGCAAGCUUCGAAUCUUGAGACCGUACCGGAAAGACCAAAGCCAGUGCGUUUGGAAACAGAGCAUCAUAUCGCAUUCUUGGAGAGGCAGCGUAAUGUCAAAGAUCAUCAGACUUUGCGCAUUCCCAACCCUAGAGAGUUUGACCGUGGCGAUCAGCCUCACGAAGUCGACUCUGACGAAGAGAUUGACGGGCUCAACCGCCAAAUAACCAGAAACACUCUUCCGACGUCGCCUCGCCUUCGCGCACGUUCGUCUUCUGAUGCUCCGUCAGCUCAACUUAACGAGGAUGACCAUCCAGUCAGACGUGGCAUCAUUAUUGAUGAGCCAGAACGCCCACGACGAGACCGCCAACCGUCGACAUCUUCGAGCACUGGGCGCUCGCAUCGCUUCAACAUACUCGCCCCGCUUCGUAAUUUCCGAAGCAGACAGCGAGGCGAGAGCACUGGAUUCGGUCGCUCUCUUAGUGGCAUCACCAACAGAACGUUUAGCUUUACCAAGAGUCAGGACCGUGAUAUGCAAGACCCUAUGCCAUAUCUAAGUUGGCAACCGACGAUUGGCCGUAACUCGCAGUUUGUGGACCUUAGCGAGGCCCAGCGAGAGGAGUUGGGUGGCAUUGAAUACAGGGCACUAAAAACUCUGGCCAUGGUGCUUGUAUGUUACUUCAUCGGCUUCCAUCUUCUCGGCGUCAUUGUCUUCGUUCCUUGGGUUCUCGAAAGCNAAAAAUAUGGCGCCGUUGUUACUUCAAUCGGACAAAAUAGGACGUGGUGGGGUAUCUUCACACCUGCCUCCAUGUUUAACGAUCUUGGCUUCACGCUCACUCCGGACAGCAUGAUAUCUUUCCAGACGUCCGUCAUGCCUCUGUUGUUUGGUUCGUUCCUGAUCAUAAUCGGCAAUACUGGCUUCCCAUGUAUGCUCCGAUUCGUCAUCUGGCUUGUUUCAAAGCUCGUUCCUCACGGCAGUGGCAUUUGGGAAGAGCUUCGUNUUUUGCUCGAUCACCCUCGUCGCUGUUUCACUCUUCUAUUUCCGUCAAAGGCCAACUGGUGGCUUUUCGCAGUCCUUGUCGGUCUCAACGCCGUCGACUUGAUCUUCUUUAUCAUCUUGGAUCUCAACGACACAACGGUCACUUCUCUCUCGCCAGGAUACAGAGUACUAAGUGGUUGGUUCCAGGCCGCUUCUACACGUACAGCUGGAUUUGCUUGCGUCAAUCUUGCAGAUCUGCACCCAGCCAUUCAGGUGUCCUAUCUGGUCAUGAUGUACAUCUCCGUUUUUCCUGUGGCCAUUUCAGUCCGCAGAACCAAUGUGUACGAAGAAAAGUCCCUCGGAAUAUUUGCAGGCGAGGAAGAGGAGGACGAGGAGAAUCGCAGUUACGUCGCUCAGCAUUUGCGUCGACAGCUGAGUUUCGAUUUGUGGUACAUCUUCUUGGGUUUCUUCAUCAUCACCAUUGUUGAAGGCCAUCGCCUGGAAGACAACAACGCAUAUGCCUUCACCAUGUUCGCUGUCCUUUUCGAGAUUGUGUCUGCGUAUGGUACCGUAGGUCUCUCUCUUGGAUAUCCAACCAUCAACGCCUCUUUCAGCGCCGAAUUCGCAACGUUGAGCAAGCUCAUCAUCAUCGCCAUGAUGAUUCGCGGGCGCCAUCGUGGUCUACCAUAUGCCCUGGAUCGCGCCAUUUUGCUGCCCUCAGAGAACCUCCACAAGAACGAGGCAGAAACUGCGACAACUGGUCGCAACAGCUCUGACGAAGCUCGUCCCUACUCGCGCUCCUCGACCAACAGAGACAGCAACGUGCCUCCCGAAGCCAGCGGCGCCUCUCUCGAUUUCAGCCCCACCGGCCUGAGACACAUGCGUCGUGGUAGCCAGGUCAGCACAAGAUCCGCUGGAAUAAGAAGUCAACCCNCCACAAGACGUAUGUCCAAGAUCUUGAUGAGCGGGUUGAGUGCCGGGCCAACGAUGGGUAGAAAGUACGAUUGA